AUGGGGAAAUUGAGUGAUGUGACAUCAGAGAAUUCUGCCAAAGGCUCUCCUGAGGAGGAAGUUGCAGAUAAACUGAGUAGUAUGGACUUGAAACCAGAAUCUCAAGACCCAAAACCGCUCGAUUCAAAAGAUUCUCCUCCAAAGUUUAAUUUCGGUGAAAAAAAGAAAAAAAGAACAGUUGAUGCAGAAUCUCCUAAAGCUGAGAUAAUCGAUGGAACCGGACAGGUUUUUGUUAAAGGACACGUUUACCCCUAUGAAGAGUUACUGGCGAGAAUACAAUCAAUGAUUAACGCCAAUAACCCUGACUUGAGUGGAAGCAAGAGAUAUACCAUAAAGCCGCCUCAAGUUGUUAGAGUCGGCUCAAAGAAGGUUGCAUGGAUCAAUUUCCGUGACAUCUGCUCAAUAAUGGGAAGAAGUAUGGAUCAUGUUCAUCAAUUCGUAUUGGCUGAACUAGGAACUGAAGGGUCAAUUGCAGGUGAUGGACAAUUAGUACUAAAAGGAAAGUAUGGUCCGAAAAAUAUCGAAAGUCUUUUAAGGAAAUAUAUCACUGAGUAUGUAACAUGCUCAAUGUGUAAAAGCCCUAAUACUACUAUGGAAAGAGAUUGUAGAGCAAGGUUAUUCACGCAGCACUGUGAAGCCUGUGGAGCCAACAGAUCGGUCAAUCCCAUUAAAAAUGGCUUCCACGCCCUUAAUCGUGGCGAACGCAGAAAAGCUAAAGUUUAA